AUGUUGGACCUUAAUGAUUUUGUCACCGAGCGUGGUGGUGAUCCUAAGAAGAUCAAGGAGAGCCAGCGCAAGCGUUUCGCUCCCGAGGAAGUAGUGGACGAAGUCAUUGCACUGUAUGAGGAGGCCCGCAAAGCACGAUAUGCCGUGACCCAAGUCAGCUCCGAGCUCAAUGCUCUUAUGAAAUCGAUUGGUAUGAAGAGAAAGAACAAGGAAGACGCGAGCGACCUGAUCAGCCAAAAGGGAGACUUAGAAAAGAAGAAGAAAGAGGCGGAGGACUUAGCGCUCGGCAAGGAAGUUGAGCGAGACCGUAAGAUUCGCACUAUUGGAAACUUCGUGCAUGAGUCCGUCCCCGUGAGCAACAAUGAGGACGACAAUACCAUUAUCAAGACCUGGACUCCCGAAGAGGCUGCGAUGCAGAGGCCCAACUGUCUCUCUCACCACGAAGUCCUGACUCGCCUGGACGGUUACGACCCAGAACGUGGAGUGAAGAUCGUCGGUCACCGAGGAUAUUGCUUGACUGGUUACGGACUGUUUUUGAACCUUGCCCUCAUCAACUACGGAUUGGAGUUCCUUUUCAACAAGGGUUAUAAGCCCAACCAGCCCCCUCAAUUCAUGCUGAAGGAGCUUAUGGCCAAGACCGCCCAACUUGAGCAAUUCGACGAGGAGCUGUACAAAGUGACUGAGGGCGAGGACAAGUCCACAGACAAAUAUCUUAUUGCUACCUCCGAGCAGCCUCUGUCCGCGCUGCACGAUAGCGAGUGGUUGCAAGACAGUGACCUGCCCAUCAAAUAUGCCGGAUACAGCACUUGCUACCGUAAGGAAGCUGGAUCACACGGCAAGGAUGCGUGGGGUAUUUUCCGUGUCCACCAAUUCGAGAAGAUCGAACAAUUCGUUUUGACCAAGCCGGAGGACUCUUGGCAAGCGUUUGAAGAUAUGAUGGCUACCUCCGAGGAGUUCUAUAAGUCUUUGGGACUCCCUUACCAAAUCGUGGCCAUUGUGUCUGGUGCCCUGAACAACGCAGCAGCCAAGAAGUACGACCUGGAGGCUUGGUUCCCAUUCCAGCAGGAGUACAAGGAGCUUGUCUCCUGUUCCAAUUGCCUUGACUAUCAAUCUCGGGCUCUGGAGAUCCGCUACGGUGUCAAGAAGGCUACGGAUCUGAAGAAGACUUAUGUUCAUGCCCUGAAUGCCACCCUGUGUGCUACCGAGCGCACCUUGUGCUGUGUUCUGGAGAACUAUCAGCGCGAAGACGGUAUCGAAGUUCCCGAGGUUCUCCGCAAAUACAUUCCCGGUAACCCCGAGUUCCUCCCAUACGUCAAGGAGCUUCCCAAGGAUACAACUUCCCAGCGCGCCAAGGGGAAGCAGGGCAAGGGAGCUGCUGAGGCGACCAAGAAGAUGGAGGAUCUCAAAGUCUAA